UAUAAUUUCCACUACAGCGAUACUUGCGAGUGCACAUCGGCAAUGCAAACGCGCCUCGCUUCUCUCUUCUUCUUCUUAUUGAAUUUUCCGAAGUAUUGAUACAUUACAUCACAUCGCCACUUUACGAGAGUUAAAAACUCACACACAAAUCUUCCCUUUUUUUUUGGGAUAAUCUCGUCUCGGCGCAAGCUAAGGCGUCUCCAGUUAGCUUAGCUCGCUAUUUGCUAACGCCGUCUGAUAGCGACGCAUCGCCGAGUAGAGCUCAGUUGUGAUUAUCGGGUGGAAAUGUGUGCAAAACGUGUGAAAGAAGACUUCGAGGAGGAACUUGGAACAAACGAGCGACAACUACGAGACGCUGCUUUCGUGCAGCCUCAAGAUGAAGAUGAGCGACACGGAGCAGAUGUCAAUGACGAAUACGUUCUGGUGCCCGACCCCUCUCACAUUAAAUAUGAAGAGGAGGAGGAGGAGGAGGAGGAGGAAGAAGAGGUGGACGAUGUCGCCAGGUUGCAGUUGACGGUUGUCCCUUUGAAGAGUGAAGAUGAAGGUGAAAGUCCGAGCGAGGAGAACGGCGGGGCUGAGCCUCCGAGCAGCGGCUCAAGUCAACACACGACAAGCGAAGGUUACGGGGACCACGGUGGCGGAUCGCCUCGAGACUUCCUCAUCACACCGCUGUCAGAUAGUGACGACGCCACAUCGUCCGAAUCCGAUGGGGAGGAACGCUCCGAAGGUGAGAUGGCUUGUCACGCUGACGACAAACAAUCGGAAUAUUCUCACUGUGACAGAACCUUUGGAAAUAAGACCAAUCGGAAAAGACUCGCGAUGCCCCGCGGAGGAGGGAACCCUUUCGUCUGCUCGUUUUGUGGCAAAAGCUUCUCUGUGAAGAGAAGUUUUUUAAGGCACACGAGAACACAUACUGAGGAAAAAACCUUUGCCUGCUCAGUAUGUGAUCAAAGAUUCAGUUGUAAGGGACAUUUAAACACUCACAUCAGAACGCACACCGGGGAGAAACCUUUUGCCUGCUUAUUUUGCGAUAAAAGAUUCUCAGAAAAGGGAAACUUAAGAAAACACACAAGAACCCAUACGGGAGAGAAACCUUUUGCCUGUUCAGUUUGCGAUCAAAGGUUCUCUGAAAAGGGGAACUUAAUUAAACACUCGAGAACCCACACGGGAGAGAAACCUUAUGUCUGCUCUAUUUGCGGCCAAAGAUUCGCUCGGAAGGGAAACUUAAGAGCGCACACAAAAACACACACCGUUGAAGAACUUUUUACUGGCUCAGUCUGCAACUUGAGUCCGGCACUGAAAGAUCCUCACCCUGAGGAGCUAGAGUGGAGCACUGGGUUGGAGCAAGAGGAGCCGGAGCUUCCCCAAAUUAAAGAGGAAGACUUGGCGGAUGAUAUCACCCACCUGCCAUUGACGGAUAUCAUCGUAAAAAGUGAGGAUGAGGAAGAACAUCAUCAAAGCGAGGAGAACAGAGAGGCUGAGUUUCCGAGCAGCAGCUCGAGUCAGCACACGACAACAGAACCUUACGGAGACUUCUUUGGAGAAUCACAAGGAGAGAGUCUUAUAGUUUCACUAGAAGAUAAUGACGACUUAACGCCACACAGUUUUGACACUGAUGAUGAUGAUGAUGACGAUGACGUCUGUGAAGCUAUGACCUGCGAUACUGACAACAAACGCUGGCAAUGUUCCGAGUGUGACAAACGUUUUCUCUACAUGUCUCUUUUGAAAAAGCACAUGAUGAUCCACACCGGAGAGAAACCUUUCAGUUGCUUGCUCUGCGGCAAAAGAUUCUCGCGGAAGGGACAAAUGAACGCGCACAUGCGAACGCACACGGGAGAGAAACCUUUCACUUGCUCUGUAUGCAGAAAAACAUUUGCCCAAAAGGGACACCUGAACGAACACAUGAGAACACACACGGGAGAGAAACCCUUUUUCUGCUCGACUUGCGGUAAAAGUUUCUGCGAAAGGGGACAUUUGAAGGCCCACAUAAGAACGCACACUGGUGAGAAACCUUUUUCCUGUUCGAUCUGUAAUCUUAAAGUAGCUCAAAAGAGCACAUUAACAAAUCACAUGAAAACGCACACCGGAGAGAAACCUUUUUCCUGCACGGUUUGCGGUAAAACGUUUGCUCGUAAGGCGCAUUUAAACAUACACACAAAAACGCACAGUGGACAGAAACCAGUUUAGUCCGCUUUAUCGGAAUUUCACGCGACAAAACCCGGAAAACAGGUUAGUGGACUUGCUGCGUAUGCUGCGAUUACAUGAAGGUUUAUUAAAAAAAUAACAAUCACAGAUUCGCCUUUUGUAGGGCUUUUCGAAGGAACAAAACAAUUUAGAUGCUUUAUUGAGUCACUCCACAGAUCACACCCCAGCAGUCCGAACCCCCAACUUGCUAAAAUUUUGUUUUCUUCAUAGCUCGUGUGCUCGGAUAAAACUGAACGCCUGUAUGUGAUUGGUUUAAAUGAAUAUGAUGUACCGUAUGUAAACAAACCCUAACCCUACCUCUUGAAGACAUCCAGUGUAAAACAAAAGACAGUUGUAGAAGUUUGAAAUUUCCCCGGUUGCUUCGUCCCGGUUUCUUGCCAGUGGACUCCGCCAGUCGCCUGAACCGGAAGAAAUUGCUUUGACUCGUUUUACGGAAUACUUUAGUUGGCGCUCCAGAACCACGAUUUAAAACACGUUUGCUUUGAAAGGCAUCCUAGUAAGAGUUAUUCAUUUAGUAUUUUGUUCAUUAUGAUUUGUUUGUUUUUCUUACUUUAACUUGUACUGCGUAGCUGUGAAAUGUGGCGAUUCUGUAUUUUUUACUGUGUACGUUUGACUGUAUUUUAGACAUAAAAAGAACUUUGUGAGCGCUCUCUGUAAUCAGUGCUAUAUAAAUA